AUGGCUCCCAAACUUACUCCGUCAACAGCUCCCGCCCAAGAUGCUAUUCAUUAUGAAGUAAAAAAGUUUCAUCGAGGUUUUGGGGAUAAAAAAACUGCAUACCAAGGAGACCCUUCUCCAGAAGUCGACAAGGUAUGGAAGAGUCUGUACAAUGAAAUUGGUAUAAGCAGAUUAUCUCGGGAACAAGCACAGCUCCUUCCAAAUCGCACGUACCCAUUCAUAGGAGAUGAGGGGUACUACAUAGCGGAGUUGGCUGUCUUCCAUCAGCUCCAUUGUGUUAACGCAAUUAGAAUAGCGUUAUCCAAAGACUACUAUCAAACGGUCUUCAGUCUAGAAGAGUUCGACGAUGCUCAAGGCUCGUAUGGGCGUGACCACAUUAGCCACUGCCUAGAUGCCGUUCGGGAGGCAAUCAUGUGCGCUUCUGAUAUCAGUGUCAUUACUUGGCAAUGGAAUGAUCAAGCAGAAAAGGCUUUAGGCCAUGGCGAUGUUCUUCACACCUGUCGAAGCUUCGAAAAAAUUAAAGAAUGGGCAGCUGAGAAUCAAGCGCUGGUGGACUUCAACGCCGACGUCUUCGUCAAAGGCGACCCCGUUGUGGAUGGCGUUGACUAA